UAAAGGGGAUUGUCCUUUGAAAAUGAAGGCCAGGCUUUAGCUUAACUUCAUUUUUAAGACAACAGUAUCUGUCCUCGUUUGAAAUUGAAGGCCAGGCAUUAGCUAAACUUCAUUCUUCGUCCAAAAAAAGUGACAUUCUGCAUUACAUUUGAAAGCAUUGAUCAUAGAAGACAAACAUAAUAGUGUCAGCCCAACAGGACGCUCAGCUCUAUCCAUCCGGUCUCCUUUAAUCUGGGUUAGGUGAAGCCACCACAGGGGCACAUAGCCUACCACUGGGGAAACUAGAAAAUUCUGCUGAAAUGCUAAAUGACAUACCAUAGACUAUAGAAUGCAUCUCAGAAACUAAAUAGCAUCAUUUGAGAAGUGUUGUUCUACAGUGGUAAACUUUUCCACAGAAGACACAGGUUUUGAAGAGGAUGACAGCUAUUAAGAUGUUUGCACCACUGUGCACAUUUCUUCUUCUUGGAGAGAUGGUUCAUGCGCUAGCUGGGACUGAGCCCUCUGCCAUACAACAGGAGAACGGUCUCAUGACAGCCAAUGUUGGAGACACAAUGGUUCUGCAAUGCCUCUAUAAAGGCGACAUGGCCAUGCAUUUUUCCUGGUACAAGCAACCCUUCAGAGAAAAACCUCAUCUCAUCUCAACCAUCUAUAAGUAUGACAAAUCUGCUACAUUUUACCAUGAGUUUAAGGAUAACCCUCGGUUCUCAGUGCAAAGCAGCAACGGCGUAAAUCACCUCAGCAUCUCAGACAUAAAAAGCUCGGAUUCAGCCACGUACUACUGUGGGAGCGCACACUCAAAUGUGGUGGAAUUUGGAAAAGGAACCAUUCUCAAUGUAAAAGGUUCAGAGUCCAACAGUAAGACUGUGCUCCAGCAGCAUGUAUCUGAGUCAAUCCAGCCAGGGGUCUUUGUGACUCUGAACUGUACAAUACACACUGAGACAUGUGCAGGAGGACACAGUGUCUAUUGGUUCAGACAUGGCUCAGGAGAAUCCCGUCCAGGAAUUAUUUACACCCAUGGAGACAGGAGUGAUCAGUGUGAGAAGAGCCCUGAGGCUGGGUCUCCUACACAGAGCUGUGUCUACAACCUCCCCAAGAGGAACCUCAGCCUCUCUGAUGCUGGGACUUACUACUGUGCCGUGGCUUCAUGUGGGGAGAUACUGUUUGGAGACGGGACCAAGCUGGACAUUCAUGGUGGUGACAUUCAGGUUGCGACUGAAGUGGAUAUGAGGAUCCUUGUCCUACUCUCAAUCAUAAGAACUGGAAUUCUCCUUUGCUGUCUGACCAUCAUCUUCCUCAUCUACCUCAUCAGGAAAUAGAUCUAUUCUAUGAUUCAGUUUCUCAAUCCUUCAGCUAUUACAAAUGCAAAUAUGGUUUACUGUCUGUUCAAAUGUUUCAGUACUCAUCAGUUUAGGUGACAUACUGUAAAAGUUAAAUGACCGACCGGCUCAUAUCGGUCUUAUGUAGCAACAUUUUAAAUUGUGUUUUUUACAUUGGAUAAAAGUAGAGACUCAGAGCUACAAAAUGGUAUAUCAUACACCGCAUUUGAGGAACAAUGGGAAAGUAAUUCUGCUUUGAAAGUUGAUAAACUUGUAACCUCACUUUUGAGAAAAUGGCCUUUGAAUGUUUUGGUACCUACUGGAGAACUCUCCUUUGUCUACACCCAUUCAGCAGUGUUCACACCCUCUUAAACCAGCCACACCCAUCUCUUUAACGAUUCACAUAUGAGGUCCUGUGCUAAACUGUGAGCAGUGUAGUAAAGAUUAAAACUAAAAGUGGUGAAAGUAGUGGCCUACAAUAAGGAAAAAUCCCAGGUAAACAGAAAGUGUCCAGGUAAAAAUAUUUUACAAAUAUUAGAUGAUGCUUACCCAGGCACACUUGUCUAAAUUGAUGGGUCAUGUGAAAGAAAUGCUAUAACCCGCCGGCCACAUCCAGUGGUGGAAAAAGUACUAAAUUGUCAUACUUGAGUAAAAGUAAAGGUACUUUAAUAGAAAAUGAGUCAAGUAAAAGUCACCCACUAAAAUACUAAAAAUUAUUUGGUUUAAAAAUACUUAAGUACCAAAUGGAAAGGGAAUUUCUAAAAUGUACUUAAGUAUCACAAGUAAAAGUAAAAGUAUAAAUAAGAAAGAAAGAAAUCCUUACAUUAAGCCAGCGGUGUCAAACUCAUUUUAGCUCAGGGGCCACAUGGGGGAAAAUCUAUUCCCAAGUGGGCCGGACCGAUAAAAUCAUGGUAUAUAUAACUUAAAAACAACAACUUCAGAUUGUUUUCUUUGUUUUAAUACGAUGCUUUUUUCCCGAUCAUUGAGGGCGCACCAUCUGUAGCCAGGCUGACAGCGCGGGACCAGUCCACUCCGACCCUGUCCAGCGCGCCGACGAGUGCGGUGAAAAUAUCAGCUGCUGUCGUUGUAUCUGUCAUCGGCACCAACUCCACGAACUCCUCGGUGACGGUCAAUGUGUCAUCAACUCCGCGGAUGAAAAUGGCCAGUUGUGCAACAUCUGUAAUGUCUGUGCUUUCAUCAAUUGCAACUGAAAACCCAAUAAAUGACUUUACUUUUUGCUUCAA